AUGUAAAAAUCAGCUUAACCUUAUAUUGAAAAUUCAAUAAACAAAAAAGAUGCUCCAAGCUAAUAUGAACCAUAGUCUAAAUUUACUCCACUUCAAUUAAUACCUCCAAUUAAUGAUACAUUUAGAUAAUUGAAAGGCAUGAAAUCAUCUAGAUCUUAGAAUAACAGUAAAAUCAAAGUCAAGAAGGUUAAACAAAAAUUUCCAUCAUUAAUGGAAUUUGACGAAAUCCAGACUCAAGAUGAUUAACUUGAAUUUAAUGCCUACAAUAUUAAACCAUUUGAUUCAGCAGCUCCUUAAACCUUCAGAAAUAUCUAUAAGAAAAUUGACACUAUUUUAUAGAAGAAAACUCUCUAUCAGAAUCAGAAAAUGUCUUUAUUUAGUAGUGUGGCAGAAUCUUCAAAAUCAGAAGUAAUAUAUUGAUUUUAUAAGCAUAUUAAUAGAAAUUAAUGCCUAGAACUCUUGGUUUGAUUCGUCCAAACACAAACAACAAUAAAAUACUUGAUGCAUCUAAUUUUUGUAUGGGAGAUAAAUAUGCAAAAGUUUUGUGUUCAGGUAUAAAAUUAACUCUGGAUUAUUAUGAGUAAGUUAAUUUGAAAAACAACAAUCUUACAAGUAGAUCUAGUGAAUGUCUAAAUUAAUUGAUUCCAACAAAGUUGAAGGGUUUAAAUUUAUAAGGGAAUAGUUUGGGUUAAGGAGGAUAAGAAUUUGUAAAAGCUCUAAAUACAAGAUAUGGCUAAUUGCAGUAUCUAAAUUUAGAAAACAAUAAAUUUAAUGAUGAUGGUUGCAGACAAUUAUUCAAAAUGCUUUAAGAAAACACAAUAAUGUAAAAACUCAAUCUUUCCCAUAAUCUAAUUACUGAUAAAUCUAUGCCAGAAUUUAAUUGUUUAUUAUAAAAGAAUGUAACUCUUAGUGAAAUUUAUUUACACUGGAAUCGAAUUCAUUAAAUUGGAGGUAUAUUAUUUUAAAUAAUGAUUGAGGCUAGUAUAUUAUAGCAGCACUUUUUAUUAAUUACAAUGUAAAAGUAUUAGAUUUAUCAUUCAAUUCUCUUGGUAUCAGAUUUAAAGAUGAUGCUUAAUCUCCUUAAAAAAAUAGAUCAUAGCCAAAUUAAAAUUGGUCAGAUUACUUUUCUUCCAAGAAUUGUAAUCUUAUACAUCUAGAUCUCUCUAAUAAUUAAUUCAACCAAUCUCAAUCAGAAGCUAUUUCAAAAUCACUUGAAGAUAAUCAUAAUAUAUUUGGAUUUCAUUUUUCAGGCAAUUUUCAUAGUUCAAUAGAUCAUCUAGGAUUUCUAAAUAUUACAAAAUCAACGAUAGAAUAAAAAGAUAUAAUUUUAAAGAAAAAUGAAGAAUAUCAAUCAGAAAUUAUUGGAGCGCUUUAAAUUCCAAGAAUAGAUGGUUUAAAAUAGAUUUAAAGAUAAUCGUAAUUUUAUAAUGAGGUAUGUUGGAUAUGUGAUGGUUGGGUAGAAUGCACUUUUCUAUGGCAACCAAAUCAUUUAGAUAUAAAAAAGGAACCUUUAUUCAUCCAUUUAAGUCAUGAAAGAUAUGCUCCAAUAAAAUUAGAAUUGAUGGAUGAUGAAUAAAGAGAAAGAUCACCAAUGUCUCGAAAAUCAAAUUCUUAUAAAAUAUGGUAUGUAUAAAGAAUGGNGGCAGAAUCUUCAAAAUCAGAAGUAAUAUAUUGAUUUUAUAAGCAUAUUAAUAGAAAUUAAUGCCUAGAACUCUUGGUUUGAUUCGUCCAAACACAAACAACAAUAAAAUACUUGAUGCAUCUAAUUUUUGUAUGGGAGAUAAAUAUGCAAAAGUUUUGUGUUCAGGUAUAAAAUUAACUCUGGAUUAUUAUGAGUAAGUUAAUUUGAAAAACAACAAUCUUACAAGUAGAUCUAGUGAAUGUCUAAAUUAAUUGAUUCCAACAAAGUUGAAGGGUUUAAAUUUAUAAGGGAAUAGUUUGGGUUAAGGAGGAUAAGAAUUUGUAAAAGCUCUAAAUACAAGAUAUGGCUAAUUGCAGUAUCUAAAUUUAGAAAACAAUAAAUUUAAUGAUGAUGGUUGCAGACAAUUAUUCAAAAUGCUUUAAGAAAACACAAUAAUGUAAAAACUCAAUCUUUCCCAUAAUCUAAUUACUGAUAAAUCUAUGCCAGAAUUUAAUUGUUUAUUAUAAAAGAAUGUAACUCUUAGUGAAAUUUAUUUACACUGGAAUCGAAUUCAUUAAAUUGGAGGUAUAUUAUUUUAAAUAAUGAUUGAGGCUAGUAUAUUAUAGCAGCACUUUUUAUUAAUUACAAUGUAAAAGUAUUAGAUUUAUCAUUCAAUUCUCUUGGUAUCAGAUUUAAAGAUGAUGCUUAAUCUCCUUAAAAAAAUAGAUCAUAGCCAAAUUAAAAUUGGUCAGAUUACUUUUCUUCCAAGAAUUGUAAUCUUAUACAUCUAGAUCUCUCUAAUAAUUAAUUCAACCAAUCUCAAUCAGAAGCUAUUUCAAAAUCACUUGAAGAUAAUCAUAAUAUAUUUGGAUUUCAUUUUUCAGGCAAUUUUCAUAGUUCAAUAGAUCAUCUAGGAUUUCUAAAUAUUACAAAAUCAACGAUAGAAUAAAAAGAUAUAAUUUUAAAGAAAAAUGAAGAAUAUCAAUCAGAAAUUAUUGGAGCGCUUUAAAUUCCAAGAAUAGAUGGUUUAAAAUAGAUUUAAAGAUAAUCGUAAUUUUAUAAUGAGGUAUGUUGGAUAUGUGAUGGUUGGGUAGAAUGCACUUUUCUAUGGCAACCAAAUCAUUUAGAUAUAAAAAAGGAACCUUUAUUCAUCCAUUUAAGUCAUGAAAGAUAUGCUCCAAUAAAAUUAGAAUUGAUGGAUGAUGAAUAAAGAGAAAGAUCACCAAUGUCUCGAAAAUCAAAUUCUUAUAAAAUAUGGUAUGUAUAAAGAAUGGUACCAUCAAAAUAGCCAAUUCGUUUUUUCUUUUCAAGUCCUUUAUUAAAAUAAGCUCAAGUUAGUAGUUAAUAUGAUAUUGUUGAUUGGCCUAAAGCAGAAUAGAAUAAGAAAGUUUUGUUUUAUAUGAUUAAUGAGAAACCUCUAACAUUUCGAAGACCUAAAUAAUGUAAUUAAAUAGUUUUGGGAUAAAAAUAAUCUUUUGAUGAAUUACAUUAUGAACCUAGUGUUCAUUGUAAACCUAGAAUAAAAGAUUAUGGUGGAAUAUUAGAUCUUAUAAUUGAUGAUUCGGUAGAAGAAAACAUUGAUUAAACAGAAAAUUUUUUUAAAGAAUGUCAUCGUGAUUCUGAUUAAGAAUUUUCGGAUUGUUUUGAAUGGGAUUGGAAUAAUUCUUAAUUAGCAAAAUUAAUAAAAGAAUAGGAUCAAUUAAUAUAAGUUAAAUAGUAUUUACAUAGAAUAUAUAGAGAUUUGGUGUCAGCUUAUAGACAUUAUAGUGCUUAUUCUCCAAGUGGUGAAAUUUGGAGUAUUUCAUUAAAUGUUUUUACUGACAUAUUUUAAUCUUCAUUUGUUGAUAAUAAAUCAUAUCUUUUAAAAGAUUUGGAUAUAUCAUUUAGAUAGACAACAUCCAAAUAUAUAAAUUAGACGAGAACUUCAACUUCACAUGCAUUAUUGAGACAUUAAUUUAUAGAGAUAUUAGUUAGAAUGUCAAUGGAUAAAUAUUGUAAAACUCCUCAUUUAAUGAGUCCAAUUGAAGCUCUAUAAAAGGUUUAUGAAUUGGAUGGAUUAUAGAAGAAGAUUGAGAGUGUAUAAGAAUCAUAGACUUGGCGUGAUGUAUACUAUUGGAGUAUUGAAUGUAAUAGAGUGAUAUAGAAUAAUUAGUCAAUUCUUAGAUAGUUGUAUUAGGAAUGUGUUUAAAUGAGAUAAUUAAAUUAUUUUACAAAUAAGAUUUUUGUAUCUCCAUAAUCAUUUAAAGAAUUAUUCAAUAGAGCAGGAUUGAUAAAUGAUGUAAAUGCAGAGAGAAAUGUAUUGAUAGCAUUUGCAUUAAGUGUCCCUUUAGUUUUAGAUGAAAUCAAUUAAGAUAGAUAAAUUUAAAUGAGUUAUUAAGAAUUCGUUGAAGCCUUAGCUAGAGUAGCCGAGAAGUAUGGUUAAAAUAAAGCGGUAAUCAGUUCAGAAUAGUUAGCCUUAAAAUUAUAACAUAUUAUAGGAUAAUUAUAGGAAUAUUAUUAAAUUGUAGAUGAAAAUAAAGUAUAAUCAAAUAAAAUAAUAAUAUUUAGAUAAUCAUUCCAUAAAUUAGAUAAUCUAAAAAGUAAACCAAUUUUUUAUAAGAAAAUGUUACUAAAUUAUUGUAUGAGAUUGAUGGAUCACCAAUUAAUGCUCCAUAAAUUUAUGACUAUGAUUAUUUUGUUGAAUGA